UAAUGCGCAGUGUAUCCAAUCAGAGACAGGUGUAGGGUCUUUUAAAGAUAGUUUCAGGAAGUGCCGUUAAAUACCAGGAAGUUGUAAACAAAGCUGACAGCUAUUCGGUUAGCUGUUAACUACACCUGAAUGGAUGCUGAGCCAGUCGUGUGAAACAGGCUAAUAAUUCGCCGAUAUCGUGUAUUUAUCAUAAAUACGACCAGGCGUUUCCUUUUAUACAAGAUCGCUUCGCGGAAAUAGUUUUAUUUCCGUGCGUUUUUUCAACAAGCUAAACGUUAGCUGCCUUCCGUUUUGUCAUUAGGGAAAGGCUAACGUUUGCACAAGGACGUUAGAGCUAGCGUUAUCGCUUGCGAAGUAGACGUCAAAUCGAAUAUUAUCCCGAACCGAGCUGGACAGUGAGCUACAUCAGGACCCGAUUCUUUUUUCUCUGCUGCAUUUGCUGUCUGGGCGCAGAAAGAGCGAGAGAGUUCUACCAUUUUAGCAGGACAACAAUGUCUACAUCCAACGCUAAUUUCAAAAACAAGUGUGUGACCCAAGUGAACUGCAUAUUCUGUGACAGUCUGCUCUGCACGAGAGGCAUGAAAGCAGUGCUUCUUGCAGACACUGAGGUUGAGCUGUUUUCGACUGAUAUACCUCCCAAUAGAACUGUUGACUUUGUGGCCAGCUGCUACUCCACUGAAAGCUGCAAAUGCAAACUGAGAGACAUCGCAUGUCUCAAGUGUGGUAAUGUUGUGGGCUACCAUGUUGUGGCCCCCUGUAAACCCUGCCUGCUGUCCUGUAACAACGGCCAUUUCUGGAUGUUCAAUAGCGACGCUGUAUCUACUCUCAACAGACUGGAUGCGACAGGUCUGAAUCUGCUCCUGUGGGGAGAUCUCCCGGAGCUGGAUGACAGUGAGAACGAAGAAUCGGAAAGCCCGUCAGAGGAGGAGUGUAUUAGGUAGACAGGGAAACGGACAAUGCGAGAUCCCUGGAAAUGCCGGCAUUUGAGAGGUGGAGCUAAAACAGUGUACAGACCAUGCUUGCGAUAAGAGGGAAAAGAGAGGCCUUAAAGGGUAAUUUGAUACUGAACUGAACGGGAAAGAAAAGUGCGGCCCCACUGCUCUGUAUGGGGUAAAAACACAUUCGACCAUGCCUUAAUCAGUGAUGUCACGGCAGGUGUUUUGCCUUUCACACCUGCUGUGUCGCCACUGAUUGACACAACAUUUCUCCAAAGUUGAAACCCACAGAGAACGGUGCAGCAAAGGUUUUUGUCCCUUUUGUAAUUUGGUGUUGAAUUACCCUUUAACCUGUGACCAUGCCUUUCCCCAUCACCUUUUCACUGUUAAAAGCACAGACACAAACAGACACACAAUACUUUCUCUCUUUCUCUCCUUUUCUUUGUACAUUUGCGUGGGCUAACCUCAACCAUGUCGCUGAAGUACACAAACAACAGACAACUAGACCCGUUUAUCUAGUGCAUUCUGCGUUUCAUCGCACGUUCUCCACCGAGCUCGUUGUCGUGAUUGGCCUCAUGAGAAGCUGGUGGGGGGAUGUUGUUGUGUGAGAAGUCAGUGGAACUAACCAAUGAAUGCUGUGCUUUUUCACGCCAUUUACGGUAAAGUCCAGUUUUCUGAUGAGAUGACCACAAAAAGCCUACCCUUUUUUUUUUUUUAAAUUAAUGGCAGUUAUAAUCUGCACAGUGAAUAUGCUGUAAUAAGCAAACACUCCCAUUUAACAGUCAUGUCUUAAAGGAUUAUAUGCUCAGUGUGUGGCUGGGUGCUGAGUGAAAGCUAGAGUGCAUUGGAGAAAUAGCACAACUAUUGAAUGAUAUAGUAUAUAUACAUAUAUAAAUAUCUGAGUUUUUUGCUUUUUAAGGGCAUAUUUGAUUUAGAUUACCUUUUACGAUCUGAUGUUCCAUCAGUGACAUGUUUUGAUAUGCUAACACAGUAUUUGUCACACACCUGACAGCAGCAGUAUGUGUUUAACACCCAGAUAAAUCUGACUGUAGCAGUAUCUGAUACUAACAUACCAACUUAUGCAUAGGGUGUGCUUCCACAAAGGCCUGGAGCAGCUGGAUUUUUAAGUUUAGUGUUUUGUAAAGAGCUCAAAUCAUGUACUAAAUUUCCAUAUUGAUAAUAUAAUAUGAGAUAGAUAAGACUAAGGACUAACAAAAAAAGUGCAAUUCUGCAGCAUGCUGUAACUCUUAAAAACAGGAGAGGAUAAGGGCCACUGAAAAAAUGCUUUUUAAGUUCUGACUUGUUUCUCAGAAGUCUGACUUUUCUCAGAAUUCUGACUUUAAACUCAGAAUUUAAGACAGAGCAAAAGUUGGGAUUUUGACUGUAAUCUCAGAAUUCUGAGGAAAAGAAGUUAGAACCGACCAUAAUACUCUUCCAGACUUGGAUGUGGAGUGAAUUUGUGAAAAGUUCUCACUGGAUUUCUGUGUCCGCAUUUUGUUUUUCUUAUGUCACCGUUCAGAUUUAUGUAGCAGCGUAAUUGUAGCACCUGCAGAGAAGAAAAGGUCAGCUCCAAAGAAUCAUGGAACAUAUCAAUAUUGAACUGAUUGACUGGCUGCCCCUCUAAAAAACACUUUAUUGAUUCUCACUCAAGUCAGCAGAGCUGACCUCAAAACUCUUGGUAUUCUACUGGCCUUACUAAUGCUGUGAUCACUGACUAUGAACCUGUGUUAAGCUGCAGAGUUGACGCUGUUUGUUAGUGGGUCAUAGCCAACUGACCAGGCCCCUCUCCUCAGCCUGUUGUGCCAGACUCGAGCUUCAACAAGUCACAAGGGACCUCAACUCACGCUGGUCCUUUUUUGGCAGUACCAUCCUUCUGUUCUUGUUAUUGUUUCACUGCCGUGCCCUGCUGAUACUACGAUCCUGUCUUAUAGUAACAGUCUCUCUGUGAGUGAAUGAGAUUUGCCUGAACUGUGGGCAAACAGCGCUGAAGGAAUGUCACUUCUUACCUGAAGGAAAAGGAUAAAGAAGCAGAUAUUUUUUUGAACAGAAAAACCGUAAUUGGCCUCUGUUUGUUUUUGCUGUAGCCUUUAGUUGUGGAAAACGACAGAUAGGGGAGGGGAACUUUGGCCAGAUUUUCACAUCCUUCACCAUAAACUUAUAACUGACAGUCUGCUACACUUGCACACCAAAUACUGUCUACGUGGUAAACAGAUAGGAUACAGUGCAUCAGCUAGGUAUUUAUUAAAAUCCACAAACCAAAUAUAUAACCACAUACUUCCUUUUUUUGUUUACAAGCUUUGUUUACAGAUGCAUUGGUUUGUACUGUAUCGUGCUAUAGUACUUAUGUUUUUUGUUCAUGUAUUUAAUAUUUCAUUUGUAAUGUAGUGCUUUGUUUUGUACGUUACAGUUCGGAUGUGUACAGUUUUACCUCAAGAAGGUAUAACUCGAACGCGAGCUUCCUCUGGCUAGGACAAUUGUCAUAUGAUAAUCAAAAGAAUUAUUUAAAUGGCUGUUUUCUGACGUGAAUAACUUUGAUUAACAUGCCCUGCUGAAAAGAAAUGUAUAUUUUGGAAUUGCACUGAAACUGCAUCGGUAGUUUGAAAAGAUGAUUUGUUGUUUUGUAUGCUUGUUAACUUAAUAAACUUUUUUUUUUUUUCCAAAAUAU